AUGUCCAUCAGUUUCAGCGGCUUCGGCGGCUUCAUCCCCUCGCACCGGCGCUCCCACCGACAGACACCCUUCCCGCUCCUCGCCCUCCCCUUCGAACUCCGCCUCGAAGUCUACCGCCACGUCUUCCGCAUCUAUCCAGCGCUUGACGCGCGCCUUUCACCUAUCGAAACCUCCCCGGACACUUCCGCUGAGAUUCCCUGCAACAGAGACUACAGAACUAUCCUUGCCCGUCACGACCAAACUGACAUCGAAAACGCGAUCAAAUUUAAGACCAAGAAAAAAUACACAACAAUUCUAACCCCGCCUUCUCUUUCUCUUUCCCUCUCCUCAACUUUCGACCUCUACCCAAUCGCCCGCUCAAUCAAAUUCUCCGACCCUCCCAAUACCUUGCUCGCUCUCCUACUAACAAACCGGCAGAUCCACCACGAGGCAUCGAAAGUCUUUUACAGCGAGACGUUCUUCGACCUGCCGUAUGGGAUCGAGCGCACGGCCGCGUUCUUACGUGCUAUUGGGCCCGUGAAGAGGGGGUACAUCCGAUCCAUAGGUUUCGAGUUUACGAGUCAGGAACUGUAUGGGGUUGAAGGUGGGUCGAAUGCGAAGGCGAUGAGAAUGAUCGUCGAAGAUCAUCUCAAGGAGAUAAGGCGGCUGGCGGUGAUUGAGAUUGUUAUGUCCGCGUAUCGUGGUCUUUACUUGGAUGCGGGGGCUGCUGCUUCGAGAAAUAGGGAUGGUGAUGAUGGUACCUCUGCGGCUGAAGGUACUACUACGACUUCUGUGCGACCCAGAGCAUUUUCGGGCCUGGAGUACCUUCAGGCGCUAAAAGGUCUCCGGGAGCUGAGGGUUUUUGGGAGUGUGAUGGAGUUGUUGGUUUAUGAGGAGGAUAAGGAGUGGUUUCGGGUCUUUGGGGAGGAGAAUGGGGUCAAGGUUGUGUUUUGCGGAGGAAGAGUACAUCCGCCAAUGUGA